CAUUACAUUGGUCAAUAAGAGAAUAUGAUCGAUGACACGUUAGUAACUAGUUAAUAUUCUUAAAAGUUUAAACAUAGUUUUAGAUUUCUCUUUAAAGCUAAUAUUUUUGAAACUUACUUCAAUAGUACUAAUUUUUAUGAUAAUAAUUUAUAAAUUGAUAUAAUAACCAUUGAUGGGUGUUUUUUAAACUAAUUUUAAAUUUUUAUUUUUUUUAAACAAUAAAACUAUAAAAAUGGUGUUGGCGUGGUUUGAGUUCCUUGACAGGCAGUUGGAUCCUGAUUGGAGAACUAAAGAUUGGCCCAUAAUGUCAACUACUGCAAUUCCUGUAUUAUUAGCUGUAAUAUACAUUAUUUUUGUCAAAUUUGUUGGUCCCAAUUAUAUGGCUAAUAAAAAGCCAUACUCGCUCCGAAAAACUUUAGCAGUCUAUAAUUCAGCACAAAUAUUGGCUUGCAUAUUUCUUACCAUGGAGUACUUCAAAACAAAACCAAAAAUGGGGUGUGAUCCAUUAGAUUCAUCUAAUGAUCCAGAUGCACUAUACGCAGCUAAACUAGUAUGGUGGACAACGAUUUUAAAACUAUCUGAAUUAAUUGAGACUGUUUUUUUUGUACUCCGAAAAAAACAAAAUCAAGUUUCUGCACUUCACAUAUAUCAUCAUGUUACGACUUUUUUUUUAAUAUGGAUCGCUUCAAGAAUAAAUCCAGGUGGAAUUGUUCGGAUACCCGUAAUGCUUAAUAAUACGGUUCAUAUGGUUAUGUAUUCAUAUUACUUAUUAUCAGCCAUGGGUCCAAGAAUACAAAAAAAGAUUAACGAUUACAAAAAAUACAUAACUAUUAUGCAAAUGGCACAAUUUUGUUUCUUGAUCGUCAAUUCAAUAUUUUAUUUGGCUCCUGAUUGUCAAGUACCUAAUCUUUACGCAAUGAUAUUCAUACCAAAUGUAUUUAUUGUAUUUUAUAUGUUCUACGAUUUUUAUAGAAAAUCGUAUACAAAAAAACCUAUAACUCACCAAAAUAGUAAAAAAAAUUUAAAUAUUAAUAAUAAUAAUAAUGUUAUUAAAAUAAAAGAAAAGCUUUAAAUAUUAUU